UGUAUUUGGGGAUGCUUUUUUUAAAAAACAAAAUUAUUUUAUUUUUUGUUUCUGUAUCUGGGUCUUGGAAAUGUAAUAAUAGUUUAAUUGGCUCGUCACUCUUUAAAAUAAUGAGUAUUAUUGUUAUUGAUAAGUGUAGUCAAUGGGGACGUAUAAUGAUGGGUGUUUCUGCAUUAUCAACAUAAAGAAGGACUAAUAAUAUUUUUUAACUUAUGGUUUUUCUGGUGAUUUGAAUUAAAGUGAGUAUUUUUCUGUUGGGGGUUGAUUAGUUUAUUCUGGUAUCUGUGUGGGAUUUCCAGGCAUUUACGGAAGGUGGGGGAUUUGACUUUGUUGGUGAAAGGUGUCAGCUAAGGAGGUUACGGAAGGUCAAGUUUGUUUGUUUGAUUGAUUGGAGUUUCUGUUACCUCUACAGCACUGAAUGUUUGUUGUUGCCUUUUAAUUCAGAUUUUUUUUCUCUCUUUUGGGGGUUUCCAAUUUCCAUCACCGAAUGGAAUUGGAUCUUCUUUCAUCUCAGAUCAAUUCAUUCUUGCUGGGUUUUGAUUGUUUUGAGUGGUUUUCUGAUUCCAUUUGGGAAAGUUUUGACUUUUCAUGGUUCAAUCCCUCCUCAGUUGUUGUUGUUGUUGUAGAUGAGUUUGAGGAAAUCUAGUUCCCUGUAAGUGUGUGUGAAAUUAGUCUCAGAAGGUUUGUUUUUGGGGACCUCCCUUUUUGGCUUUGAGACUUGUUCUCAGUUUGUGGAUAAAGUGAUUUGUAAGGUGUUUCUAGUUUUCUUCUUCUGAAGGGUAAAAGAUGGAUGAAGAUAGCAGUAAUUCUUGGAUAAGGAGGGCCAAAUUCUCCCACACAGUGUGUCACAGGUUGAACUAUUCCAGUUCUGGAUUUGGCUCUUUCAGCAUUCAGCCAAGGGCACAGCACAGUUCUAGUCUGAAAUCAAGGCCUGAAGUGGCUUUUGCCUCCAAGGCUUCUUCACAGGCUCAGAAGAAACCAAUAAUGAACAAGCAGAGAUCUUUGUCCCCUUUGCCUCAAACCUCUCUCUCUGAGACCUUCAAGGAAGCCAGACAUGAGCAGAAGAGGUUCUCAACACCUGGUCCAAGGAGGAAAGAGCAGGACAAGGACAAGAGAAUCAUGGGGAAGUUGCUCAACAAGGAUUCUCAUGUGUUCAAUUCCAAAUCCAAUCACAGCAGUCCAAUUACUACUAAAUCCCCUUACAGCAGUCCAAUUAGGCACCUUGCUUCGAUGAAAUUAAGUGACAAGUCGAAGCAGCACCGCAAGGAUUUGGGAUGGACAAAGUACUUUGACCAUGGAGGGGGAAAGGUUACUGCUGUGGAAACAGCUGAGGAAUGGAAUGUUGACCUCUCCAAGCUCUUUGUUGGUGUUAGGUUUGCCCAUGGUGCUCACAGCAGGCUUUACCAUGGCAUGUAUAAGGAUGAAGCUGUUGCUGUGAAAAUUAUCACGGUACCGGAUGAUGACGAAAACGGAAUGUUGGCGGAUCGAUUAGAGAAACAAUUCAUUAGAGAAGUCUCGCUUUUAUCGCGCCUCCACCACCAAAAUGUUAUAAAGUUCGUAGCAGCAUGCAGAAAGCCACCUGUUUAUUGUGUUAUCACAGAAUAUCUAUCAGAAGGUUCCUUGAGGUCAUAUUUGCAUAAGUUGGAAAGAAAAACUAUUCCUCUAGAGAAGCUAAUUGCUUUUGCUCUGGACAUUGCUCGUGGAAUGGAGUAUAUACACUCUCAAGGUGUCAUUCAUCGAGACCUUAAACCAGAGAACGUCCUUAUUAAAGAAGACUUUCACCUUAAAAUUGCUGACUUUGGCAUUGCUUGUGAGGAAGCGUACUGUGACUUAUUUGCUGAUGACCCUGGUACCUACCGCUGGAUGGCACCUGAGAUGAUCAAACGAAAAUCCUAUGGGAGAAAGGUUGAUGUAUAUAGUUUUGGACUUAUCUUAUGGGAAAUGGUGACUGGAACUAUACCAUAUGAGGACAUGACUCCCAUCCAGGCUGCUUUUGCCGUAGUAAAUAAGAAUGUAAGGCCAGUUAUUCCUUCAAACUGUCCACCUGCAAUGCGAGCUUUAAUCGAGCAAUGUUGGUCUUUGCAUCCGGACAAGAGGCCCGAGUUCUGGCAGGUUGUUAAGGUAUUAGAACAAUUUGAGUCUUCGCUUGCUCAUGAUGGAACUCUGACUCUGGUGGAAAAUCCUUGUUGCCCUGAUCAUAAGAAAGGGCUUCUCCAUUGGAUUCAAAAGCUUGGUCCUGUGCAUCAUAAUAAUGGCCCUGUGCCUAAACCGAAAUUUACAUGAGUCUUCAAAGUGGCCUGGCUUUUUGUAGUAUACCGGGUUCAUUGUAAUUAAUAUUGAAUGGUUUGAAAUACCCAAAAGAAAAACCAAAGGUUUGUUUUUUGAGGUUCUCUAGCUGUAGUCCUCCUUAUGAUGUUCAUGCAAGAGGAAAUUGAUUUGUAGGCUUAUACAUUGAAGUGAAGACAGCUUUUGUUUUUACUGUUGUGUAUACCACCAAUUACAAUCAAGUAAUUGCACUAGGUUAAGUUUCUUUCUUCUUUUUUUUAGAGGGGUGGGGACACAAUUUCUUGUUUAUAUGUUAUACAACGUACUUGCAUUUUUAGUUUCUCUAAUAUCAAAGUUAAAAUUCUAUAA